UACCAUUAUAACCAAUGUAACCUGAAUUUUUAAGGUUAAUGUUUGUACUUAACAAUGUAGAUUAUAAUUUAAAAUUGAAAUUUUAGAUUUAGAGCGAAAAAUCUACUUAUUAGUUUAGUUUUUGUUUUUUUUUUUUGUGGCAUUAUGAAUUCUCCUCAAUGUAAAUUGGGUUAUUUAGGAAAUACCGAAGGUUCUGCGUUUUUUUCUCAAGGUAAACUAUUUGUAUUUUUUUUUUUAUUACUUACCUAUUUCUAAUAUUAAAUCAAUUUUCAGGUAAAACUGCUGUAUGUGUAUCAGUCGUCGGACCGUUCGAACCAAAGGCUAGCAAAUCCAUGUAUGAUCGUGCUACAGUGGAUGUUACUUUCAGGCGAAAGACCGGCAGCAUAAGUAUGUACCUAUAAUUAUGUCUUAAUAUUGUUGGACAAAUUACUUUACCUGUGUUCUUUUUACAGGCGUUCAUGAUAAAAUGUUAGAAGGAAUUAUGCAGUCAACAUGUGAAAUAGCCUUAAACGUUGAACAAUACCCUAGAACGUCCAUUGUCGUGACAGUACAAGAAAUGCAGGACAGAGGAAAUGUACGCGUACCUACCUAUUAUAUUUUUUCUAGCCAAUCAAUAAUUACUGUUCAAUAAUAAUUAAUCAUAUUGUGUCCUAGUUAUUGUCCACCUGCUUGAAUGCGUCUUGUAUGGCAUUGAUAGACUCUGGUAUUGCAAUGCAUCAUUUGUAUGCAGCUGUGAGUUGUGCAGUUACUGAAAGCGAAGAAAUCAUUCUCGAUCCGGACGAAUUACAAAUAAAUGUAAUUAAAUUACAAAACAUAUUAUUAUUAAAGUUAGGAUGUUUAUGCAGUAAAAAUUGAAUGAAUAUGUAAGCACUUAUGCACUAAAAAGUAAAUAAAUAUCCAUACAAAAUAAUAAAAUAAUAUAAUUAUAAAAUACAGAUAAUCUAACUCAAAUUCAGAAUAAUAUGAGGUUUUUUAUAUUUUCCACUGAAGGCCAUCAAGCAUCUGCUUGAAAACCGAAAAGAAAGUCCAAAAUAUGGACUUAUAAGUAAAAAUUGAAAAUAUGUACAAUAAAAGUUGCAUUUUUAUAAUACAAACAUCACGAAACUAAUUAUAUUUAAAAGCAUAAACAUCCCAAUCAGAAUAAUUAUAUUUAAUAGGUAUUGCUUAUUUUUCAGUCUUCAGUCGCAUAUUUUACAUUAGUCUUUUCCAACUCUGAAACCAGACGGCUGUUAACAUCGCAUACUACUGGUGAAUUUUCCCACUCAACAUAUGUACACUGUAUGGACAAAUGUUUUGCAGCCAGUAAAGAAAUUUUUAAUUUUUAUAAAAAUAUUGUUAAGAAAAGUUCUAUUUUUAAUUAAUAAUGAAUAUAGUUAUUUAAAUAUGUAAUAUAAUUGUAAAAUA